CUCCCCCCUCCAACACCCCCCUGUCCGCCUUUUUCCUGUCGCCCCCCCCCUCCCGCUGCGUCACCGACUGGCGACCACCCCCCCCUCCGCCUCCCCCGCCGAAGAGCAGCAUGAACACGAUCGCUACGCAUGCGGCUGGCCCCGCGGCCGACGCCUUCCCCUCCAAAGCCCGUGUGUGCAACUGCCCCACCCGAUGUCUGACUCCGGCGGAUGAUAUCAACUUUCUCGACGCCGCCAACCCCCGGCACACGGAGCCCCUCGCCCCCGAGGACGAGCCGACCACUCCCACCAGCAUCGACCACCUGCGCGAGCUGCUGAAGGCCGAGUUCGACAAUGAGGGCAUCUCCACCCUCUGCUACCGGCGCCUGAAGCGCGUGCGUCGCUUGAUGCAGCUGUACACCCCGAAGCCCGAGGACUAUGCCCCGUAUGCGCACUUCCGUGAUGGAUACUACACCCGCAAUCUGGUGGACGACGGCAACGGCCACUUCAACCUGAUUGUCCUCGCCUGGGCCGAGGGCCAGGGCAGCCCUGUGCACGACCAUUCCGGCUCGCACUGCUUCAUGAAGGUCCUCGAUGGUACCCUCGAGGAGACCCUCUACCAUACCCCGGCCGAUGAGCCCCACGGUGAGGACCAUGACGAUGACGAUGAGGAGACCGCCCCGCUGGAGACCAUCUCCAAGACGAACCUCGGCGCCGGCUCGCUGGCAUACAUCCACGAUCGCAUCGGCUUGCACAAGGUCCACAACCCCUCGAACGACAUUCCCUCGCUUAGUCUGCACCUCUACUCUCCGCCCUACACGCUGAGCCAUGCCUACAAUCCCAAGACCGGCACCCGAAGCCAGCCCGGCCAGAUGCUCUUCCACUCGGUGGGCGGCCAGCUUGUCAAGCGCUCUUGAGGGGCAGAGGUGGCCAUAUGCCCACCUGGGAGUUCUCCUCCCCUCAUGCGGAGCGUGUGUGUCUGCGUGUCUGUGUCUGUCCUCGCAUCUGGGGCUGGACUCACGCACCCACAACACGCGCAGUUACAUGCCCCGAGUCCGAGUGAGCCUGCCCGAGACCCGACAGGGGCGGCGAGCUCGCGCACCUUGAUCGCGGGGCAUCCCCCCUCCACCACCACCACCACCACCAAUCACACACACACACACACACACACUCAUACGGGCGUAGGUAAACCCGCCUCACAACGCUCCUCUCCUGUGUCAUAUCGUCCGCCCCCCCCUCCCUCCCCUCUUGCCAUUGCGUGAGAGGGAAACUGACCAGGAUUGAUGGAGCCACGCGGGGAGGGACCCCUCCAAUUCCAAAAGGACGAUCUUGUUGUUUCCACCUGUCCUUCCAACCACCAAAUACAGCCAAAAAUGCAGACA